AUGGUAGACAUCUCCGUCAUUACCUCCGCUUGCCAAGUGCGCCUCCAGGCCUCUGUCUCCUCGCCGCCGGUCGCUGUUGGCCGCAUGGUUGGCAACUCCGGCCAUUGUCUAGUCAGCCGUGAGCUACAUCAGCAUGCUCAUCCAGUAGUUGCAUUCACGGCGAUCGUGCCUAAGUAUGACCGCAUCAUCUCGCGCCAGGCCCAAACCAUCCAAGCGCUCCAAAACGCCUCCAAGACCACAGUCCGGCGGCGGAGAUUUUCGAGCGUCGGUAGCGGGCAGGUCUGGGGCCCGGAGUUGCACUUCAUCGACGGAAAAUGGUACAUUUAUGUGGCCCUCGGCGUGGCGAACCAAUGGCGCAUCCGGACCUUUGUGCUUGAGGCACAGGCAGGCGUCAUCAAGAACAACUGGGACACCUUCUCGCUGAACGCGUCGACAUUUUAUCACGAUCGCGCCGCUGUAAACCCCUGGACGAUCCGCGGUACGGCCUUCGCCAUCUCCCGUCCAACACUCGCGUGGGAACGCAUCGGGUACAAAGUCAACGAAGGCCCCUUCUCGGCCAGCGCGACGGACCACAACUAUUGCAUUGGGCUGUUGACAGUGUCUGCAGGGGCGGACUUGAUGAACCCAGCAUCGUGGAGUAAGUCGCUGAAUCCUGUUUUCGUCAGCAACGCCAAUACCAACCGGUGGGGCCCCGGACACAAUCCCUUCACUGUGUCCGAGGACGACCUUUUGAACGAUCCGAACCGGCGGACGACGGUACAGAAGCUGUACUGGAAGGCGGACAGGACGCCCGACUUCGGGGUGCCUGUGCCGGAGGGAAACACGCCGCUCAGGCUGCGGUCGACGGCUGAGAAGGGUGGCCAUGUGCAGUACUACGCAGGAAGCGGCAACCCAAGUGGAACUCCGGCGUUGCCUGACACCCAAUUCCGCAUUGUCAGUCCGUGUUUGGUUGGCGGGAGUACCAUCAUGUUGGAAUCGACGAGUUAUCCAAGCAUGUUCCUGCGUCGGGCGAACAAUGCGGAAGUGCAAUUUGAGAGGAGCAGCGCGCUAACCUCGGCUGCAGCAAAGGCGUCGGCGAGCUUUGAGCGCCGUCUGGCGAUGCUGAGGGUAAUGGAAUUCGCAGAUGCAGCCGCAGUGCUCUGGCACACGUUGGCCAUCUCUUGACCUUCCUUAAGAUGGUCCUUGCCGGGCUGUAUUGACAACGCACGAGCGGGCCAUGGUUUAAUCCGGCUUGGGCUCUGCUCAGCGCCGGGUCCCGGAGUACGCAAGCUGGUCGGCGGAGUGCACCCCGUCGCGUUAUGACUUAUCAUGCCCUGGUUCGUGCUGCACAGCUUGGCCAAAUUGAUUUGAGAGAGGGCUGUGGGAGCGGGCAGCUGUGGGCGGUCUAUAUCGGUUCCAAUCUCGGUGUUCCGAAUUGAAUUUCGGUGUUCCGCAAUUCGGAUGUUCAAGAGAAGCUCCCAUCAACCGAGACGAUCUCUGUCCACAAACGGAGAGACCCCGGUUACCCCGCAUUCAACGGGCAGCUAACUCUAAAUUGUUAGUGGCUUGGGUGGAGCGGCGAUGUGCGGAAAUCCUCGGCUCAGAAGGUGGUGC